AUGGCCAGCACUGUCGGACAGGCCGCCGUUGCCUGGGCCGCCGGAGAGCCCCUCUCCAUUGAGGAUAUCGAGGUUGCGCCUCCCAAGGCCAACGAGGUCCGUAUCCAGGUCCACCACACCGGUGUUUGUCACACAGAUGCCUACACGCUCUCCGGAAAGGAUCCCGAGGGUGCUUUCCCCAUCGUCCUGGGUCACGAGGGUGCCGGUAUCGUCGAGUCGAUCGGUGAGGGCGUUACCUCCGUGAAGCCCGGCGACUUUGUCAUUGCUCUUUAG